AUGAAGGUCUCUGUGGCUUUAGGGAUCUGGACGCUCCUUGCUGCCUUGAUUUGGCCUUACACCGAGAGCAUCUAUGUGACAGUAAGUUGUUCAAUGGACUGGGUGAUGAUCUCGGUUAGCCCGUGUGGGCACAACAGUGAUCUGUACAUAUUUGCUGAUGAAUUGCAUCUGGGAUCAGGUUGCCCUGUGACCCAGAUACAGACCUAUGCAUAUGAUUUUAUAUAUCCCGUACAUGACUGUGGGAUCAGAACAAAGGUUGUUUCAGAGGAUACCCUCCUUUUUCAAACAGAGAUGUUCUUUAACCCUCGGAGCAUGCAUUGUGAGCGUCAGAAAAUCCCUUUGGAAUGUUCUGCCUCUAGGAAAUCAGUGUGGCUUACACCAGUUUCUACAGAUAAUGAAAUACAAUUGGACCCCAGUCCCUUUAUUGCUGACUUUGAGACAACACCAGAAGAGCUAGGAUUACUAAAUUCAAAAGAUGAAGCACUUUAUGCAGAGACUUUAUCCCAGGGAGAAAAGAACGAGCAGGAAAGUAUACUGCCCAAAGCCAAGUCAGCAGCAGUCUCUGCACAGAAACCAGGCCCACUGGAAAUCAGCCCUGUCUUCAUGGGCAGUGGGGACAUUGAGAUACAGAAGGACCAGCUGCUGGCCUUGUCCUGGGUCUUAGAUGUGGACCUCUUGCAUGGGAAAAAAGUAGCAGAAGAAGGAGCUCCAGGCUGGGAAGAGUCCAUGAAAGAAGCCAGCGUUGUCACCAUGGAGUUGCACGAUUACCUGGCCCGGGACCUAGAGAGGCUGGAUAAGGAGAUCUGGUGUGAGCAGGAGAAUUUCCAGGCUCAGCAUGGUCCUGUAUCAGGUGAGCAGAUCAGUGAGAGUAGAUGGCAUGCUGUGGCAGCACCUGGCACUCUAUAA